AUCGGUGUCUGCAGUCUGUAGCAGGGAAGCGUCGUCGACAAACGCGCGCGCGGCAACUCUGUUGGCGGGAAAUUUGACAAAUGUCAUAUCGUAAUAAGUGAUAAAAUUAUUGGUGAUCUGAUAAGUGUAUUUCAGUGUUCUUUCGCAAGUUUACUAUUGUGAAAACUUACAUGAUAACUGUUAAAGUGCUGUGUUCAAUUUUUUAGAGUUUUUUUUUCACACGCAAAAAUAUAGGCUCACAAAGCGGAACCGACGUCACGGAAGCGAUACGUCAUCCAAGAUCACGGAUCGUGGGAAGACCGUGGAAAUGUGGCCUCGGUCUCGCAGUCUGAGAGGCUCGUGAGAAGAUGACCAGCCAUAAUCAUCCGACGAGAAAGCAAAUAGAUACUUAGAUAAAAAUGAUCCUGCGGUGGUCAUUUAUAGGGAAAACUGUACCAUUGUUGUUUAUAUUUUUGGUAAACAUUAACGAAGGCGAUGGAAAGAAACUGAAGACACCAAUAUGUCCUGUGGGCUUUCAGUUAGCCUUAACGAAGCAGAAAGAGGAACCGAUAUGUUACAGAAAAAAGGGUCCCGAAGUAUUCGCGGAUGUAUUCAACGAUUGCGUUGGCAAUUUAUUUUCCUCCUCGUUGUACAACAGUUUAAAUAUUAUAAAUCCAAAUACAGUAAUAUGGACAGAAUACAAGACUUUAUAUCCCGGAGGUCCGUUCAUAGAUUGGUCUUACUCAAGUUCGAUCGGUCGACUCUUAUUGUCAACUUAUGAUGUCAAUUAUAAUCAAGAGUUAGGUCUACACGAGGAUUUAUGUUUAGUGAUAGAUCCGGUGAGCAACUUUACGGCAACGAAAUGUGAUGAGAAACAUUAUAGGUAUUGUUUCUUAAAGCCUUAUCCAGACGAAGAUGAAAUGACUGAUGAAGGAUGUGGUGAUUUGUGGGAAUCUUGGAGAUUUUCAAGUCCUAGACCGACGUGUCUAUCGGUCUUGACUGGUGUUAGUGGCGGUCCAGUCCGGGCGACGUGGAGACAGGCUCAGGAACUGUGUGAGAAGAACGGUGGUUCCAUUCUGAAUAGAGGCUGGAGGAAUGCUAACAAUCCAAUGUUCCAAGCAGCUGGGUACAGUCGGACGUAUCCUUUGGGCAUCAUUAUGAGUUCCGAUUUCUCCAUGUUACGGUAUGAUGCCGAAGAUGAUCAUUGUGAGAUACCGGAAUCAGAAUGGAACUUUGAAGACAAUGUGCAUUCUUCGGACACCCUGCUCGGUUCGCUACACGAUAAUUUUUGGUACCUUGUUAACAGUUCUUACAUAUUCUACGACGUGAUAUGCGAAAGAUCCAUCCAGAUGAAAAAUAUUACAAUGAAUGUAACAUUAGAUAGGGACAACAAAUUGUUAUUACGAGUGAACGAUUCCUUACGAGAAAGUGACGUGUACUGCUUCUCCGACUCUGUGAUACAUUACCCGACAAGAAUCAAGGUUCAUCGUGAAGACGACACUAAUAUGUUCGAGCUGAAGCCGAUAACUGACGGCUACUAUUGGUGCGUUCACACUGACACUGAAACAUAUCACAUAUCGGAGUCCAACAAGGUCCUGUUCAUCAGAGAGAAGCAGUCCGUGGGCAAUGUUUACGCGACGAAAAUACGAAUGAAGAAACCAUAUAAUUUCGAGAAUUUGGAGAAAACAUACAGACAAUGGUUAAAAAAGCUAAAGGAAUUUAUAUUCUAUCGUACGAAAUAUACACGAAUUUAUGGAGAGGAAUCUCUUUACGCGAACGAUACCCAGAAGGUUUUAAAGCAAUUUAAAUCAGUUUCACCAGACUUAGAUUGGAAGGAUAAAGACGUUAUACAUAAUUCGAAAAUAAAGAGGUUAUAUUUAGAUGGUAGGACAGCUUUGCUUCAUAUUGAAUUGAACUCUGAAAUGAUGCCGGUGAUGCCGGGCUUUUGGGAAGAUAUGGAGGUGGAGUAUAUGAAGCCAGCAUAUUACUGUAAAGGUUUUGAUUCAGUGCCCAGUUUAAAAUUAGGUGAAUCUACGACGUCCAGUUGUCAAACGUACCAAUGCGUGGGAGAUUUUAAUGAAGGUGUUCAGUGGGUGACCACAGCUGCAGAUGGUUGUACCACAAAAGCACCUCUUCUAGCACAGACCACGAUACGCGUCCGCACCAGGUCUCAAGAGGACUUGGUACACCUGGUCAUGCCGACAGUGCAGCCCCGAGCUACUACACGAGAAGAACAGCCGCAUGUGCGUGAACCGGGCAGCGAAAGUUCAGAAGAAUCUACAGAAUAUUCUAGACCGAAGCCAACUCUGCGACCGACGACAACCACGGUACCGACGACAACAGAGUGUCAGACGGAGACGACAGUUGUGUCGACUGACACACUUCCACCAGUCACCACUCCGACUCCAACAGAAACAACAGAACAAACAACAGUUGUCACGACAGACAUACCUACUACAAAACCGCCUGAAGAACAGCUGCAGCAAAUUCUCGAAGACCUCGAACGAUUGCUAAAUAACGAUACCGGCCCUAUCCUGGUGGACAGCAUCGGUGAUGUUUUCGAUCAGGUUGACGUCCUCCUAGACGUGGAAGACCAGCUCGAUAUCCCCGGGGAGCUUCUCCACAUGCUGGACAAGCUGGGCUCGGCGGUGUACCUGAACGGUUCGGGCAACGCGACCGCAGUGCGGAGCAACAUCGCCCUCGUCAUGGCUGACGCUAAACCCAAUAACCCCGUCCGAGGGCUGAGGAUAGCCACUAGCAAUGAAACUAGAUUCAAUAAAAACUCCUUUGAAGUGCUCUCAGAAGAACUGAACUCUUCGACCUUAAACGUGGAGGACAAUGAGGCGGUGGUGCAUCUGCCGCAGUCUGUGGCGCAGUCUGCGCGACGCAUCAGCUUCGUCGUGUUCCGCAACGACCGCGCCUUCGCCUCCGCACACGACAGGCUCUCCGUCAACAGCAGGGUCCUCAGCGUUAACGUUGAGAAUAUCACACAAUUUGGAAGUGGAGAGGUCAUAGAUAUUCACAUCAACCCACUAACAAGUGAUCCAGACAGAAACUUCAGCCGCGCCUGCGCCUAUUGGCACUUCUUCGACGACGGUACCGGCUACUGGUCUCAAGAGGGCUGCACCUUCAUCAGAGCCACACAAGCAGGGCUGAUGGACACCUGCAGAUGCGAUCACCUCACCCAUUUCGCUGAAAUCCUCGUCCCCAGAUCCGUAUUUUCUCAGCGGAAUGAGGAUAUUUUAGAAAUUCUAUCAAUAAUCGGCUGUUGUAUAUCACUUUUAGGUCUUUCUAUGGUAGGUGUGACCGCCGCCAUGUUCAGGUCUUGGAGAAGAGACUACAGUAACAAGAUCUGGCUGCAGCUCUGUAUAGCUGUAUUUUUCCUGAUCGUUUGUUUCUUAAUCGUAGUUUUUAUGAAGUUCAAUGAGUACAACGUCGGUUGUAUGUUGCUCGGGGUAGCUUUACAUUAUUGUGUUUUAGCGUCUUUCUGUUGGAUGCUUGUUGCUGCCGUAUUAUCUUACAGAAGAUUGGUUUUGGUAUUCACUCGUGAUGCUUCUCACAAGUUGUUGAGAGCCUCGGCCUUUUCCUGGGGCGCUCCCUGUGCUGUCGUGGGUGUCCUUCUCUCGAUCUCCCCUCAAUCCUAUGCGGGCCGAUUUGAGGAGAAGACGCCGAGUGGUGCAUUUUGCUAUCCUUCCGGACUCGCGCUAUGGCUCGCGGUGUACGCGCCUAUUGCUAUCAUGUUGUUAGCCAACUGGACGCUAUUUUGUCUGAUAGUUCGUUCCGUGUUCGCUUCUAGAAGGAUCCAGAGGCACGGUGACUCAAACGAAGCGUUGCGCUGUGCCUCCGUCAGUUGCUUACUCGUGUUUCUUUUCGGAUUGCCGUGGAUUUUCGGUUUGUUCGCAUUUAAUAUAGUAGCUGCAUAUCUUUUUACGUUAACGGUUACUUUACAAGGCUUUAUAUUGUUUUUAUUCUUUGUGUUAGGGAAUAAAAAGACUAGAGACUUGUGGUUAAAUAAAUUGAAGAUUACACAAACUCGUAAGGUACCAGUAACUUCUUCGACGUAUUCCAACCGCAGCACUGGUGCCGGCUGGCGAGGGAACCCAGCAUCGAUGGACUCGAAAAAUUCUAAGCCUAGGUCAUUAGCAUCUCCAGAUGAUUCCAGAUUUUCUUGACGAAUGUCAAAGCGUAUGUCUAGAAGAUGCAACCAAAAACAUGAAUGCUCUAUUCAGUUAUAAUUUUGGUUUCCAUUACUAUAUUCGGUAGUAAUCAAAUCUAGUCUUAUUCUUGAGAGUAUGAAAAUUGCCAGCUGAAUAAAGGGCACUUCCUAUUUAUAUAACAGCUUGUUUAGGUUAGAGAUUGUGCGUGUAUGGACAUCUUUAAUAAUUUUAAGAGUUUAUCUUCCCAAUAGUAACUAAACUACGGCACAAACACUACAAUAAAAUUGAAUGACAAAGUUUAAUCAAUCGAUAAUAGAAUGUGGAUACAGAUCUAAAGAUGCCUAAUUUGUAAAAUGGAACCUACCUUUCCAACCAAAAAAAUCCUUAUCACAUCCUAUUUUAUUUUUGAACAAAUUAAAAUUAUUAACUAGUAUAUUGUUCCUAAAAAUAAUGUUCUUUGUUUAGUGAACUAGUAUCGUUAAGUCUUCAAUAUUAUAAUAUAUUUUAAGCAAAGACUACUUAGUGAA